UAUGCAUUCAUAGUAAUUAAAAAUAUUUCAGUUGCUCUGUCAUCAAGAACUCGACUUCAGGAAAAGAAGAUCUCCAAAAGCACUAUUAAAAAGGCCUCUCAAGAACAAUGUACUUGUCCAAAGAAAUGUACAAGGCAAAGCUUCUUCACAAGAGAAUUGAUUGAAAAUUGCCAUUCAACAUUAUGGAGUCUGAAUACCACAGAGAGGCCAAAAUGGUUUCAAAGAAAGUUUGAUGACUUUCAGAGUGUAAAAAGGGGAACCUUUAAAUUCAUUCUUAAAGGCCACAAGGUUUGCUUAAAGAGUUGGUUGAUUGCUUAUGGAAUUAAGAAAUCAAUCUAUUACAAGGAACGAAGAACAUGGUUGACAAGUGAAGUGCAACUCUCUAACGAAAGAAGGACACCAUCACAAAAAAGACUUUAUGUCAUCAAUUGGUUUGGAGAAUAUACAGCAAUGAGAGGAGAAAAUCCACCUCACAUCCAAGAAAUUUGGCUGCCAUUUGGUUUAAGAAAAAAUGAAAUUUAUGCUGGAUAUAAAAAGGAUGCAGAGGAAGAGAACAUGGCUUGUGUUACUUUUCAGACUUUCCUCAACAUUUGGAAUGAACACUUUCCGCAUGUGAAAAUUAAACAGAGUAACUUGUUUACAAGAUGCACUACAUGUGACAAGCUUGACAGAGAACUACACAAGCAAUUAAACCCAGAGAAAAAAAAGGAAAUUUUUCUAAAGAAACAAGAACAUCUGCACAGACAAAUGAAAGAGAAAUCAGCAUAUUACAGACGAAAAACAGUAAGCAGACGAAGACCUGAUAGAUACAUAAGCCUCAUAAUUGAUGGAAUGGAUCAGUCCAAAACAAAUAUUCCUCAUUUUAAGGGAAGACCAAGCAAGGAGUUUGCAGCAACAAGGCAAUUGAAUGUGCAUGUUACUGGAGUUUUGAGUCAUGGCCUGAAUAGAAAAUAUCUGUUUACAGACCUGCACCAGUACAAACAUGAUUCCAAUCUUACACUGAAUGUAUUGAUGAAAGUGUUAUGGAACCACUCAAAGGGAAAAUCAUUGCCUCCUGUCCUCUACCUACAGGCAGACAACUGCUUCAGAGAAAAUAAGAAUAAGUUUGUUCUGUCUUUCUUGGAGCUUUUAGUCAGGCGUCGAAUUUUUUAUGAGGUCCAACUUUCCUUUCUUCAUGUGGGCCACACGCAUGAGGAUAUAGACCAGAUGUUCAGUGUCAUUGCUGAUAAUCUCAGACACAGAGAUGCAGCAACACUACCAGAGAUGAGUGACAUCCUCUACAAUGCAGAGGAACUAAGAGGUUGUCUUGAUAUAUCUGGGUGGUUAUCUCCUUGCUUAAAAGGCGUAAAAUACCACACAAGGACCAACACCUUUAGGUAUCGACUGAAUGAGUUGACAGGUGAUGUACACAUCUGCUACAGAAAAAAUGUGGACCAUUCCUGGAAGUCCUUGCAGGGAAGCUUCUUCAAAGAAAGGGAAAAUGGAACGGUAAUGCUGCCAACAAAUGUUCCAAAUAUCUUGACGGCAUCAUUGGAGAAGCUUGAUGUUGCUAAUGUCAAGAAAAGUUUAAAUGUAUGGGCAAAGAUGAUGACAACAGCAGAGAGUGCAUGGUGGGAAAAGUUUGUAACUUUCUUGGAGGAAACUAAAAGCAACCCCAGUAGAUAUUCAAGGAAAGGGGCAAUAUGGUAUCUUCCAAAGAUACCACAAUACAAUUCAAAUGCCAUUGAGGACUCUGACUCUGAUGAACACCCUGCAAUUCCUGAAGAUUUACAGAGAAUACUUACAAAUGAAGAUGAAAAUCCAGAGGUAACUUUACUUUUUUUUUUAUGAAUUUUUGAGAUGUCUGGGUAGUGUAUUGGCAGUGCCCUUACUUCUUAACAUUAUA